AUGGCUUCAGACCUUGUUAGUUCUGCUACGAGUGAAAAACUCACUGAAAUGGACUGGACAAAAAACAUCGAGAUUUGUGAAAUAGUCGCGCGCGAUCAUGGACAAGCUAAAGAUAUUGUCAAAGCCAUUAAAAAACGUCUGGGAAGCAAAAGCUCGAACACUCAGCUCUUUGCUGUAAUGUUGCUGGAGAUGUUGAUAAAUAAUAUUGGGGAUCCAGUGCAUAAGCAAGUUAUAGAUGCAGGAGUUUUACCCAUACUUGUGAAAAUAGUCAAGAAAAAGUCGGACCUUCCCGUUCGUGAAAAGAUUUUUCUGCUCUUAGAUGCGGCUCAAACAUCAGUAGGUGGAGCUUCUGGGAGGUUUCCUCAAUAUUAUUCUGCAUAUUAUGAAUUGGUGAAUGCAGGAGUGCAAUUCCCUCAGAGGCCUCAUGACGUCCCAAACCCUCAGCCCACAGUGAACGAGACUCAGCAUCGUCCACCUGACAAGAAACCAUCUGCUCCUCAGAGUGAAAGAAAUGUGCCAAAAGCACAGACCCAGGUUGUUUCUGACUCAAGGUAUAGUUUGUACUAA